GACGACUUAGUUGCGAUCAACAUGAAAUUCGCGUGUGCUACGGUUUUGCUUUUGGCCACCAUUUUGGGAGCCCAGGCUGUCGACUGGAAGUCGGUCGAGAACCGCAACAUUGAGGUUCCGGCUCCGAAUCUCCGUGUGGGAAGUGUUGGUGGUCCCAAUGGAAGGAUUACCGGCGGACAGCUGGCCGUCGCCAAGCAGUUCCCCUACCAGGUCGGACUAUUGCUGUACAUCACCGGAGGAGCUGCCUGGUGCGGUGGCACCAUCGUCAGCGAUCGCUGGGUCAUCACCGCUGCCCACUGCACGGACAGUCUGACCACCGGCGUGGAUGUCUACUUGGGUGCCUGGGAUCGUACCAAUGCCAAGGAGGAAGGCCAGCAGAUCAUCUUCGUGGAGACCAAGAACGUGAUUGUGCACGAGAACUGGCAGGCGGAUACCAUUACCAACGACAUUUCUCUGAUCAAGCUGCCCGUGCCCAUUGAAUUCAAUGAGUUCAUCCAGCCCGCCAACCUGCCCCUGAAGUCCAGCAGCUACAACACCUACAGCGGCGAAGCGGCCAUUGCCUCCGGCUGGGGCAAGAUCAGCGACUCCGCCACUGGAGCCACCGAUAUUCUGCAGUUCGCUGAGGUCCCUAUCAUGGCCAACAGCGGCUGCUCUCCCUGGUAUUUGGGCCUGGUUGGUAGCACCAACAUCUGCAUCAAGACCACCGGCGGCAUCUCCACCUGCAACGGCGACUCCGGCGGCCCCCUGGUCUUGGCCGACGGCAGCAACACCUUGAUCGGAGCCACCUCCUUCGGCAUCGCCUUCGGCUGCGAGGUCGGCUGGCCAGGAGUGUUCACCCGUAUCACCUCCUACCUGGACUGGAUCGAGGAGAAGACCGGCGUGGCCAACUACGGCAACUAAACGCGGCUAUUCGAGCUUAAAAUAAAUGUUUAUUUUUGGAUUACAAGAAA